AUGGACAUUUUGAAAACACACUUUGACGACAAGGUCACAAUGAGACAUAUCCUCUACACGGAGCUUGCCCAACUUCCAAAUUGCGAUCCCGAGGGCCGAAACCUCCUAACACUAUACAAUCGUAUGUUUGCGCUGAUACGACAAUUUUCCGUCAACAAUGAUGAUUCUCAAGAAACAGCACUUGGUGCCAUACUACUGAACAAAUUACCAGCCCGCGUUCGAAGCAGAAUCUACGACAAAACAGCGAAUGAUCACAACCUUUUUCCAACCGAACUUCUCCAUCUGCUCACCGACAUCGUACGUAAGGAUAUUACCCUAUACGAGAUGAACUUUCAUAGCAAAACGUCCAACACGGAACAAAGCCCGUACGUCAGCUUCAACACUUCUAAAUACCAGAAAAACACAAAAAGAUCUCGCACACAACAGCAAAUGAAACCAAGUCCUUACUGCGAGCAAGUCAACCACUCCGCAGUCUCCUGCGACGUAUUCCCGACUCCAUACCACCGCAAUCGCCGAGCAAAAGAACAACGCCUGUGUUACAAUUGCCUAUCCAAAUAUCAUUCAACAAAGGAAUGCACGUCGAAACGAAGCUGUAAAUACUGCAAACAACGUCAUCACACAUCCAUGUGCUUUUCCCAGCCUCAGCAACAACUUCAACAACGACCACAAACAGACACGAGGAAUCGCCGAAAUGACAAGCUGCAUAAACCACGAACGUAUCCUGAGCGGCAACAUUGCGCAAAUGUCACCGUUGAAGAAGCCCCCAUAUCUACUCCUGUGCUAGAGAGCAGUGAAAAUACGACCCCAAUAACAAUCACUUGCAGCUCCACAUCACCUCCAGAUCAACAGCCCAAACCUAGAGUGGCGCUCAUGUGUGCUACCGUCAACCUCUACAAUCCAUCAAAUGCUUCUCUUCGAGAUUUGGAGAAAACUGCUGAACAGCUUAUGUACACUCUGUACAGGAAAGCCGAAAAACGUUUUUCCGCGCAAGUACAUCAGCAAACGGAAACGAAACACUAA